AUGGCAUCAUCUAAGCCCACCCCUAAAAAGACCAAGAUGUCUCCGAUUAAGCCACCUGAUAGUACUUCAAAGCAUAAAUCUGAAUCUCCUCAGAAGCCAGAGAUGAAGCGAAUUGCCAAGAAACCUGUUCUCAAGAAGCCUGUCUCGAACAAAAUUCAGAGCCCAUUAAAGGGGGAGGCAAAUGUUAGCACCGGAAAGAAGAAUGAUAGUGAAACAUCCCCCCAAACAAAAGCCAUUGUUAAGAAACAUGACAAAUUAAAAUCACUAAGAUCUAAGAAGAGAUUGAAACAGCCUGCCCCUGUCUCCAGACCAAAAGGGAGUUCAGGUGUCUCAGAAAGACUUGGAAAAGGUUUGCCAGCAGUACAGAAGAAAUCUAAUAUGUCUGCUUUGCCAUCUGUAAACCCUACUGCAUUGAAACAUGGAGAAAGCAUGGAGAACAGAAGGAAAAUCAUGCCUAUGAAAUAUGACCAGAGAAUACUGAAGGAAAUUGUGAGAAACCCAGAGACAGCAAGAGCUAAGUCUUUAGCCGUCUCUUUACUGCAGAAACAUAGAGAGUAUUUGUCAAAACAGCUGAAUAGAGCAAGGUUCCAUGUAUCUGAGGAGGCUAAAGAAGUCCAAGCUCCCGUCCAAGAGGUUGGACUGCAGGACUUGCCCGAGGACAUUCUCACGAGUGUGAAAAUGAUGUUGGCUGACUCAGGAGCUCAGGAAGAUGAAGUCAAAGCUGCCAUGUUUUUGGAAAUCCAAGACACAAGUACUGGUCAUGGUGGUGUGAGGAAUGUGACAGCUUCUGUUGAACAGCCUGUGUCUGGUUCAAGCUCUGUCCAUGAACAGAGAUUCUCAAGUAAGCCAUUCCAGUGGCAUCGUGUGGAAACCUCCAUUGUCGAUGUACCUAGAAGUUCCAUCGGCAAGAAUGUGGACAGUGAGACACUUCACGUCCCUGGCUUUGUAAGUUCUGGGUCUUCCUCUGGUGUCACUGAAUCUUCCUCAGGUGAGGAAGCUCUGCACAAGACAGACUCACUUGGAAAGACAGAUGGUUCCUGUGCAGCAACUGGAGUAUUCCAUAUCCGACACCCAAGGGAGCUGUAUGACCCUGUUGCAAGCACCAGUACUUCAGUUCCUGUUCCAGUAGAAAGUCAGCCUUUUGUUUCUGAUUUCUGUGUGCUGGAGUCUGAAAACAGAACUGUAUCAAAUGUCUCUACCUCACCCAAACAACAUUCUCCUGAUCUGCCCCAAAGUGCCAGCCCCCCUGCAUGUACAAAUUCAGCAAAAGAGGCCCUCCCAAUUGUUGAUCAGAUAGCCCAAAUGAGAGUAGUGCAAAAUUCAGCGAUAAGUAUGCCUUCCAUCACUGUUCCAUCUCAGGCAAUAUCACCUUCCAAAGCUACUGGAUCAAGUAUUUUCUGCAGCCUUGAGCAGCAGCAACAGCGGCGCAAAUUUCUGUCACAAGCCAAGAUAUGGAAACCUAAUCAAGAGUACAGGCCUAACCAGUAUAAAAGAGGUCUUUUCUCUCAGAAGUAUCAUUCAUCAAAGCAUCAAGUGGAGCUGACGUUACGUAGGCAACAUCUUGAUAUUCAUAGAAAGUUGACAGCCAUCGCAGAUAUGGGUGCAGAAGAGCUAAGAGAUCCUCGAAAUUUGGCAGAAGUCCUUCAUUUAAGUUUAGAAGAGGAUAAACUCUGUGGGGAUGUUGAGGAACUUGACCAGGAAAUCUGGAAAUUGAUGCAACAGAGGUCUCGAGUGAUGGAACAGAUUGCUAGAAUCCGCAAUGUGCGCAUUGAGACCUUACGUGCUAUUCUUGGUCUGCCAAACUGCCUAUCAGCUAAUCCUGAAUGUGAAUCAGCUGGCAGAACAUUUUCAGUGAGUCUAAGCAGCAGUGAGCAAAACCAGUCACUCAUAAAUGCUGGAACCUCUUGUGAAUCUUUUUCUGGUGAGCUUCAGUCUUCAGAGGUUAGCAGGGCUCCUGUGAGAACUGAUGCUAAUAUUUCUCCAACCAGUGUGUGUUCAUAUGUAUGUCAUGGUGAUUUGGAUUCCCAUAGUCAUACAGCAAGGUUUGUCAUGAGUGGGAAAGCCAAACCAAGCACUGUCAGCACUGUCAAAUCUGUGUCUUCAAUUCAUAUAGACAACAGUGGAGGAGGCUCUGAGGUGAUUGUUAUUCAAGACCCCAGCACAAAUAUCAACCUGGACAGUCUCACAGUUCCCAGGCAUCAUUCUUCAGACAACGUUAAUUCAAAUUCUACAUCUUUAGAAAAACUUCCCCAGUCAGCCUAUGUCAAGAGUUCUGACAAUACAACUCCUGCUUCAAGAAUUUUGGAGGGAGAGGGAAGUCAGCCAUCAAGAAAAGAAAGUGAACACGAAUCACCAGAGCUUCCAAAGUCCAAAAAGAGGAAAUUUUUUCCAAACCUGGCCACUUCUGGGAAGCGGCGAAGAAGUGGGAGCCUGUCAGAACCUGAGCUGCCAAAUCUUCCUAUCAUCUCAUUACAAAAUGUUCAGCAGCAAGAUUGGGUGAGGGAUUACACUGGUCGAGUAGGAUCUGUCCAUGUAUCCAAUGAUGAACAGGUUUUUCCACUUCAUUCCCAGAAGAUCACUGGAAUGAAACUGUUCCGAAGGCGAAUAUUUACUGUGAGCGAUGACCAAUCCUUGAAUGUGUUUCACACAAGGACGUUGUCAUUGGUGUGUCGAUUUCCUGGGCAUCAUUACUACCCAAUUACCUGUCUUGAUGUCUGUGACCUGAACACAUAUCAGUUACUGAAGCAUUCAAAUCAGUCCAGUGACCCUGGAGAAUUCAAAGGUGAAUUGGUGAUGAGUGCUUGCAAAGGUGGUAUCAUCAAAUUCUUCCAUUGCUAUACUUCAGGAAAGGGAGUUGCAAUCUGUGAGAAGAGCUUGGGGACAGAAAUAUUGUGCAUGGAGAAGGGAAAGGGUUUCAUAUACCUUGGUGUUCAGGAUGGGACAUUACUGUUCCUCAAUCCUCGGCAGAUGGAUGUACAAAGACGAAUACUAACAACUGAAGGGAGAAAUAGCCCCAUCCUCUUCCUGAAGCACCAUGAUCAUUUCAUAUAUGUGGGUAAUGCCCAUGGCCUACAAAUCCGUGAUCAAGCUGAUGGUAUGUUCCCUUAUCUGUACAGC